AUGCCUCCCGGAGGCUCAGCGCUGCCGGAUAGCCUCGUGCCUGGCAAGGGAGCAGGAGCAGAUCAAGGCUCUCGUCCUUCGUUGUCUACGAGUGGCUAUGGCGGGAAUAACCAAAACCAGUCGCCAACGUCUCCGCUAGAUGGAGGUCUUCCUUUCGGGGGCCUCGAUCCUCAAUACUCGAGACACGCGGGUGUCACUAGCUAUGCGAAUAAUGCUGCAGCUGCGCAGCCUCCGGCCGGAGAGAGUGGACUACCAGGUACAGAUGGACGUACCGGUCGACGAGAGGAGCCAGGAAAUGCUGGAUCGCGAGACGUGUCGUCUGCACGCGAGCAGUCAGCUCACCGUGACAGAUCGGGACAACGUGAAAGGGCGCGCACAAAUGGGCGGUCGCACACCAAAUCUCCCAGCAGUUCGCCCCGUAUUUGUAAAAAGUGCGGGGAGACUCUGACGGGGCAAUUUGUUCGAGCUCUGGGCGGUACUUUCCAUCUGGAGUGUUUCAAAUGCAGCGACUGUGGCCAGAUAGUCGCCUCAAAGUUCUUUCCAGUCGAUGCUGAGGAUGGCAACGGACAGUAUCCUCUGUGCGAGACUGACUACUUCAGACGUCUGAAUCUUCUUUGUCACGAGUGCGGUGGUGCGUUGCGGGGCUCGUACAUCACAGCCUUGGACCGUAAAUACCACAUUGAACACUUUACCUGCUCAGUGUGCCCGACUGUUUUUGGUGCUCAAGAUUCAUACUACGAGCAUGAGGGCAAAGUCUACUGUCAUUAUCACUAUUCAACCCAAUUUGCUCAACGCUGCAAUGGCUGCCACACAGCUAUCCUGAAGCAGUUCGUUGAGAUAUUCCGCAACGGACAGAAUCAACACUGGCAUCCAGAAUGCUACAUGAUACACAAAUUCUGGAAUGUCCGACUGGCUCCUGCAGGCCAGCUUCUGGAGCGACCAGAGUUAGACACCGAGGCAACAGACGAGGACCGCGAUCGGGUGCGGCAGGAAGAGGAUGUUAUGGAAGAGAAAGUCUAUAAGAUAUGGAGUAUUCUCUCGGCAUUUGAGGAAUCUUCAGCUGCUUGCAUUUCAGACAUGUUGCUGCAUGUAAGCAAUGGCGCAUAUGUCGAUGGUGUUGUUGUCGCUCGAAGAUUUAUCGGUCAUGUCGACGUGCUCUUCCAUGCCAUAGACGACCUGGCUGCGGUUAUGAAGGAACAGGGAAUGAAAGACCUUGCGUACGGUCGCGAAGCGAAGCUGCUUUGCAAAAAGAUUGUGGCCUUCUUUUCCUUGCUUUCCAAGACUCAAGAGACCGGCGUGCGGAAGCUUGGUGUAACGCAAGAGCUACUCUCGCUGGUUACAGGCCUCGCUCACUAUCUUAAACUCCUCAUCCGUAUCGGCUUGCAAGGUACCUUAAAACUCGAAAGGGAGAAAGAGAGUUCUGCUGGUCUGCACCAAUUUCUCGACCAACUGAGCGACGUAGAAUCUCUCAAGCCUACAGACGAUACCUCGGCCGAUGUUAUGGCAGGGGUUUCUGGCCUCGCUGACCAGCAGUCCGAUUGCUGCACAGCAUGUAGAGAGCCGAUUGAUGACGAGUGCAUAAUUCUGGGGGAGCGCAGAUGGCACUUGAAGCCUCCGCAUCUGCAGUGUGCUGCAUGCCAGAAGGAUUUGACUGUUGACCUCGCAGAUGGAAAGUGGAACGAGACCAAUAACAGGGUGUUCUGCAGCAGCUGUGCUAUCCAGAAGGGCCACGCUCCGGAAGCCAAGGGAGGCUUCGCGCGCGUGACCAAGCUACGCCAGUAUAUAUUCCUGCUUCAGGUCGCUCUUGCGAGGCUUCUUUCAGUCCUCCGAUCCGGUGGUUCUCUCCCCCAUACAUCAGAGGAUCCCAAUCUACAACAAUACGAGGCUAAUGAAGGGCAUCGGGUGUCCCCAACAGGCGAACUCACAUCGCCGCCUCAUAGGUCGAACACACGUUCGAGAUCCUAUGCUGGCUCAUCCAAGGAUGCCCCGGAAGAAUCAUCGCUGGAGCAGACGGUCGGUGAAAUGCGGAGGCUACGCUCAACCAGGAACGAACGGACCCUGUCGACCACCUACAAGAAAGCCCGUGCAUCAAGGAUCAUCGAUGGUCCGGAAGGAAGGAGUGUCCGACCUGGCUCCUCAGGCGGCGACGGCGCUGAGUCUCGAAACCCUGGAUUCCAAAUUGUAGAGGAGAAAUAUGCCAAUGGAGAAACCGUCACUGAGCUGACAUUCGGUAACCAGGAUGCUUUGACACUGGAUGAUAUUCCCAGAAUCGUUGCGGCUGAGCAAGCCAAAGAGCAGCGCCCAAACGCCUAUAAACACGCUGGUACCAAUCUUAUCAGCAGCCCAGACAAUGCUAAAUUCGUCCCCGGCCACCAGAGAGGACUUUCCGGUCCUAUGGACGCUAUGCAACUGGCCGAUGCAUCCGCUGGAAGGACUAAGAAAUACUUCUCCGAACUGUCAGCCCUUGAAUACUUCAUUGUGCGCCACGUUGCCGUUUUGUCCAUGGAACCAUUGCUGGAAGGCCACUUCAACCUGGAGGAGCUUCUUUCUUUGAUCGAAUCUCGCAAGCCGACCAUCUGGAAUAUUUUUGGGCGCGCUUUCAACAAGGAGAACAAGAAGGGUGGAAAGAGGAAAGGUGUUUUCGGUGUCGCUCUUGACUAUCUCGUCGAGAAGGAUGGUGCAGAGUCAACCCAUGGCGUCGGUCCCGGUGCUCUUAGGAUUCCAGCAUUAGUUGAUGAUGCUGUUUCUGCUAUGCGUCAGAUGGAUAUGUCAGUGGAGGGUGUUUUCCGGAAGAAUGGCAACAUUCGCCGCCUGAAAGACCUCGCUGAGCUGAUCGACAACAAGUACGAGCAGGUCGAUCUGAGCAAGGAAAACCCUGUACAGAUCGCUGCUUUACUCAAGAAAUUCCUCCGGGAAAUGCCUGAUCCUCUGCUGACUUUCAAACUUCAUCGCCUUUUCGUUAUCUCUCAGAAGAUUUCGGACCCUGACAAGCAGAAACGCAUUCUCCAUCUUACCUGCUGUCUCUUGCCCAAGGCUCAUCGCGAUACGAUGGAGGUUCUAUUUGCCUUCCUCAACUGGACAUCUUCCUUCUCUCAUGUGGAUGAGGAGACCGGUAGUAAGAUGGACAUCCAUAACCUGGCAACGGUCAUAACCCCGAAUAUUCUUUAUUCAAAUACAAAGAACGGUGGUAUGGAUGAGAGCUUCCUGGCCAUCGAGGCCGUCACGGCUCUGAUUACAUACAAUGAUACUAUGUGCGAGGUUCCCGACGACCUUCAAUCAAUUCUCAACGAUACGUCAUUUUUCAACAACAGCGCAGAAAUCACGACUAAAGAGAUUCUAAAGCGCUAUGGCGACUUCGGAAAAGGCGCCCUUCCUCAAAGAGUGGGCACGAGUGUGGAUGUCUCCGGCCAGACAACUUCCAGCCGGGGCAAUAACACGCCCGUUGCUGCGCGUAUCGAAACCGAUCCUUCCCAGGCUACAGCAUGGCAAAUGCAGAGUUCUGUGCGUCAUGUGCAAACUCCUAGUGGAUCGACAUAUCCAAGUAAGACGAACCCGCAAUCCGGGUUGGAAUCCCAACCAUCGCAGCAAAACGCUUAUCGUGACCGCAGCGCCAGUGGCGGGAGCCAGCAGGGCAUAAACCGUGCUGCGCAGCCUACCGACCAACAACAACUUCCAUACAGACCUCGUCCUGCUCCUGGUGCCAUGGGUGUAGCCGGCUAA